AGAGCUCGCGUGUGAUGUGCUUGUGUAUCCUCAGUGGUUUCCUUUAUUGAGUGUAAACAGAGUCUUGUCUCUGUGUAUUUUAGUGUUGAUGAUGAGAUGGAUGUGAUGUGCUGUAAAUCAGGAACUGAUCAGGGCUUACAGGAUGAGGAAUCUACUGAUCAAACCUCCACAGAGUCUCUGGAUUCUGUCUGGAACGCUGGAGAACAGCAGCAGAUCCUGCAGACCAAACUCAAGAUGUGUUCAGUCAAACCCAUCGACUGCAGGAACCUCGUGAUGAAGAUCAAAACUGAACCCACAGAAAUAAAAACUGAACCCACAGAAAUAAAAACUGAACCUACAGAAAUAAAAACUGAACCUACAGCAGAUGAAUAUGAAGACAAACACAGUGAUGGUCAUGAUUUUGUUCUGUCAGAUGUAAAGAGUGAAUCGUGUUUGGAUGGAGAAAUAACGUCCUCAACACCAGAAGAGCGACUGACUGCACAAACAGUUUCCUGCAUCACCGGUGGAGAGACUUUGAGCUCACAGAGACAUUUAGAAAGAAAACACUCAGAUCAGAAAUAUCAUCUGAGGAAACACACGAGUGAGAGGCUGUAUCAGUGCAGUGAAUGUGGAAAAACCUUCAGGAAAUCAAGUCUUCUAAAAUCACACCAGAAUAUUCACUCUGAUGAGAAACCUUUUCAAUGUUCACACUGUGAUAAAUGUUUCCGUCAUAAAUCUCAUCUGAUAGUCCAUGAGAGAAUUCAUACUGGAGAGAAACCUCAUCACUGUAGUUUUUGUGAAAAGAGAUUUAAUCGACAUGACAGUUUAGUGUCACACCAGAGAAUUCAUACUGGAGAGAAACCUCAUCACUGUAAUGUUUGUGGGAAGAGUUUUCAUCAACUUGUUAAUUUAGUUUCACACCAGAGAACUCAUACAGGUGAAAAACCUUACAAAUGCUCUCAAUGUGAGAAGACGUUUACUCAGUCAAGUAACUUAAAAGCCCACCAGAGACUUCAUACUGGAGAAAAACCUUACGUCUGCUCGAUCUGUGGAGAGAGAUUUGCUUAUUCUGGAAGUCUUCAGCAUCAUCAGAAGAAACAUACUAUAUAACAAACUACAUUGAAAUCAUCAUAGUGUCUUUACACUAUGGUCAUGUAUUUUCUGUGAGAAUGUUUGAUGUGAUAACGUGCUAAAACAAAAACAAUUGAUUUCUAUAAAUAUAAAUUCCAUAAAUUACAUCAUGUUCUCAAAAAGGCGAGACAGUGGCGCUACAUCACACAAAACUGUAUUGACAGAACAUGUAAACACACAAUUAAAACAAAUCAAAUUGAUGUGUAUAACAGUUUUCCAAAGCAGUUAUACAUUCAUUAUUAAAGUGCACAGAGAAAGUAUUUAAAGGGGACAUAUCAUGAAAAUCUGACUUUUUCUAUGUUUAAGUGCCACAAUUGUGUCCCCAGUGCUUCUAUCGACCUAGAAAAUGUGAAAAACAUCAACCCAGUAACUUAGUUUUGGUAAACCAUUCUCUGUAAGCAUGUGAAAAAAUAGGUCAUUGUAAUUUGGCUCCUAUUGUGAAUCUGUCCGAAUAGGAUAAUACCGCCCCCUUUAUCUGCACUGUCCAACCACAAACACUGCCAUUUAGUACAGAGAGAAAGAGAGAGUGAGAAAAUAAUUCACAGCAACUGAGUUUUAAUUGCAACAAACCACCAUCAUUGUGUUUGCUCAUUUGCAUUUUAAAUGACACACCCCAAAACGCCACACUUUUGCUCAAGCCUACAUAGUGGUAAUUUUAACAUGCGGGUAUUAAUUAUUUGUGGGGUGUUUUGAGCUAGAACUUCAAUUAUGCACUUUGGGGACACCAAAGAUUUAGUUUACACCUUAAAAUAAUCUCAUAAUAUGAACCCUUUAAGAAUUCUGUUAAAACUCAACACUUGAAAACUUUCUCAAAAAGACUUCACAUCUCAAGACAACCACCCCACUUUACAGAGACAGAAGAGUCACCUCACCAAGAUUAUUGUGUUUCUCUCUUCAGAUACUCAAAGCCCACUUGAAGGUUACCUACUUUAAUCAAAUUGUACAAGUGUGUAACCAUAUUUGGUGUCGUUGUGAUGGUCUCAGUGCAUCUGGUAAAAUCCACCAUAGACAUAGAAAUUGGGUUAGAAACUGAAGAUAAACUCCACCCAGGUCUCCCAUACAAAUGACCUUCUGUAUGUAAAUGAAAUGAAUCUUCACACAAAAAUUAAAGACACAGCAAACUUACAACCCCCCAAAAUGUAAUAAUAAAUAAAUAAAACACCAUUUAGUAAAACUACAUAUUUCCAACACGAUCGCUGUGUGUAGUUCUCAUCGCCAGGUAACAUUUCUAAACUCUCAUUUUUACUAUUAGAAGGUUUUGUGAUCAGUGCAUUAUAUUGCUUAAAUUGGACUUUGGAUUGUUUCGUAUUAUUGAAUUUCUUAUGAUUGAUUAAUGUGUUAUAUAAGUUGAAUUAAAUUUUGAAUUAUCAUGUUGCUUACCUGGCUAAUAAAUUGUUACGCUUGGAUUUAUUACUUUGAAUUAUUGAAUAAAGUAAAUUUAAUGUAUCCUUUGUUACCACAAUUCCAUGACCAGGAUUAAGUAGGCGUAUCUUCUGGCUUUUUUCAUUUUAUUUAUUUAAUAUGACGAACCACUUAAUUUAACUACAGGUUUAAGUAUUGGUGCAUCAACUGUGUUUAAAGGCUCU